AUGUUGUCCACUGAGAACCACAGGUUGCUCAUCAUCAGGUUCAUCAUGCUCGUCGUGGUGGUGAUUGUUGGGUUUGUGGUCAUGGCCAAGACCAAUGUCAAGGGCAGGCUGGAUGCUGGCACAGGCAAGCCAUCAGCGCCAGACCCCAAGAAGAUGAUGGAGAAGGCUGCGGUGAAGGGCUACAAGCUGAAGAAGGUCAAGCAUCACAACGAUUGUGUUGUCAUGUACUACACAGACUGGUGUGGAUACUGCAAGCGGCGAUUGAGGGUCUGA